AUGUCUCUGCUGGGCAAUGCUCAAUUUCAAAGCAUUAUGCCGGUGGAGCACAAGGAUAUCACAUUCACAAUUCAGGUAUCUCCAGAUGCAGCCAGGGGAUCCGGGCCAAUUUUUUUGCAAAUCAACUCGACCCGCCCAUUGCAAUGGCUUGCAUUGGGCCAGGGAAUCCACAUGAAGGACUCCAAUAUGUUUAUCGUUUAUGCGUCAAAGGGAAAUGAGAAUGUGACAGUUUCUCCAAGAAUGGGCAAAGGCCAUUUCUUGCCCCUUUAUAACCCCGAUGCAAAUAUAUCGGUUCUCGAUGGCAGUGGUAUUUAUAACGGAGCUAUGACUGCCAAUAUCAGAUGUGACAGUUGCCUGUCGUGGGAAGGUGGUUCUGAAGAUCUGAUGAGCCCUGCUAGUCCCUGGAUUUGGGGCGUGAAGUACGGGGAUCCACUACGUUCAGAUAGUGUCUCUGCGCACCUUCUCGAACAUGAUCAUGAUGGUGUUGCAUUCGUCAACAUGAGAAAUGCUACCGGAACCCACACAAUGAGGAACCCAUUCGUGAACCUAGCCAAUGCUACCAUCACCCCGGCCUGGAACAGGCCCCCAUUCGACUCGGUUGGGUUGAACAAAAAGAAGAUUGCGCACGCUGUUCUGAUGACGGUUGUUUUCGUGGCAUUUUUCCCUUUUGCUGCGAUUGCUCUACAUCUAUUUCCUUCCUCUAGUACUGUGACCAUCCAUGCUGUGUUCCAGCUCUUCAAUUUGGUUAUUUCCAUCGCGGGGCUUGCGGUUGGUAUUUCGAUGUCUCAACAAAUCCAUCUAAUGCGCCACCAUCACCCAAUUAUCGGAAUCAUUGUGGUGGCGAGCCUGAGUAUUUUCCAGCCUGCCAUGGGGCUGAUACAGCAUCGACAUUUCCAUAAGACCGGCGGUAAAGGAAUGUUUGCCUAUCUUCAUCGGUGGUUAGGACGAAGCAUGAUCGUCCUAGGGAUUAUCAAUGUGGGAUUAGGGUUCCAGCUGACCGGGUGGAGAGACCCUUUUGCACCCCGUGGGGCAGUCAUAUCUUGUAGCGUGGUGGCUGGUCUUGUCGGAGUAAGCUAUGUGACGAUUCUUCUCGUAUCGAGUAUGAAGAAGCAGCGUGCUUUAUCUGGCCAAUAA